UUGGGGGGGGGGUUACUUGCUAAGAAGGCCCAAAGUAAAGUAGAGAUACAUACAUAGAUCGAACUUGCUUUGUUUUAUCGGUGGGAUGGCACAUAUAACCCUUGUUUUUUCACACGCUUCGUUUGUCGUCUGCGCGCACGCACAGUGCGAAAACUGAAGCGUGGUGAAACAAAAUUGAGCAGGCAAGAUAGAGAGGGUACCAGAUCCCAACACGUUACGUACUGUGAGCCAGACAAAAGGAUUAAGAAAGAAAGAAAGAAACAAGUGACUACAGUCGUCUCCCUUUGUACCUCUCGCCACCGGUUUACGCUUCGACAAGCCCACAGCCAUGAAUUCUCUGGUCGUAUCUUCAGCCGCCGGCGCCCACUCCCUGCCGUCCUGUCCGGGAGCCAUCACGAUCCGAAGGCCGAAGCGCUGGACGAGAGUGAGGCUGGCGCCGCGAGCAGCGCUCGUGGAGGCGAAGCCCCAAUCCGUGCCGGCGACCACCGCCGGCGACAAUGUUGUGCCGGUGGUUGCAGGGGACUAUUCCUUUUCUUUCAGAGAUCGAACCGACGAUAUGCAAGCCGAGGCUAGAGCCAUGGCUCGCUCCGCCAAUGCUUCCGUAUACAGUCCCGAGCUUCUCGCCAACAAGUACGGCGCUCGCCCCAUCAAGGUGCUGCGGAGGACUCUCGACAUAUUUGUUGGCCUUGGUUCGUUUGCUCUGAGCCUGUGGCUAGACCAGUUGAACGACCAGCUCGAGCUGAAAGCAAGAUUUCGGGCUGGCCAGCUCAGGAAGGUUCUUACGAGAUUGGGGCCUACUUUUGUUAAAAUUGGACAGGGCUUGUCAACGAGGCCUGAUCUCUGUCCUCCCGUGUAUCUAGAGGAGCUUUCUGAACUGCAGGAUGCUUUGCCAACAUUUCCAGAUGCAGAGGCAUUUUCUUGCAUAGAAAGAGAGUUGGGACUCCCACUUGACUCCAUCUACUCAUCAAUCUCGCCAUCUCCAAUAGCUGCAGCCAGUCUAGGCCAGGUUUACAAAGCUCGGCUGAAAUAUUCUGGCCAAGUUGUUGCUGUUAAGGUGCAAAGGCCUGGUAUUGAAGAAGCCAUUGGACUUGAUUUCUACCUGAUUCGAGGCGUAGGAUUCCUUGUAAACAAAUAUGUUGACAUAAUAUCCAGUGAUGUUGUUGCCCUCAUUGAUGAAUUUGCUCGGAGAGUUUAUCAGGAGCUCAAUUAUGUGCAGGAGGGGCAGAAUGCAAGGAGGUUUAAGAAGUUGUAUGCUGACAAACAAGAUGUCCUUGUUCCAGAUAUCUUCUGGGAUUAUACCAGUGGGAAAGUAUUGACAAUGGAGUGGGUUGAUGGUGUCAAAUUGAAUGAGCAAGAUGCCAUUGAGAGACAGGGGUUGAAAGUUUUGGAUCUGGUGAAUACAGGUAUUCAAUGUAGUCUUAGGCAGUUGCUGGAGUAUGGAUACUUCCACGCGGAUCCUCAUCCUGGCAAUCUUUUGGCAACACCUGAUGGAAAGCUUGCUUUUCUUGAUUUUGGAAUGAUGAGUGAAACCCCAGAAGAAGCAAGAUUUGCUAUUAUCGGCCAUGUUGUUCACAUGGUCAAUCGGGAUUACGAAGCUAUGGCUAAUGAUUAUUAUGCCCUUGAUUUCUUGUCCAAGGAUGUAGAUGUUUCUCCAAUUGUACCAGCACUACGAAACUUUUUUGAUGAUGCCCUUAAUUCAACUGUGAGCGAACUCAACUUUAAAACAAUAGUGGAUGGCCUGGGUGCUGUACUUUAUCAGUAUCCAUUCAAUGUCCCAGCUUAUUAUGCAUUGAUUCUGAGGUCACUCACAGUUCUAGAAGGUUUGGCCCUUUAUGCUGAUCCAAAUUUUAAAGUACUGGCUGCUUCAUAUCCUUAUUUUGCAAAAAGACUUCUCACGGAUCCAAAUCCAUAUCUCAGAGAUGCUCUUAUUGAGUUGCUUUUUAAGGAUGGGAAAUUCAGGUGGAAUAGGCUUGAGAAUCUACUUGUUCAAGGAAGGAAGGAUAGGGAUUUCUCUGCAAAAGAUGCUUUACAACCUGUACUGAAGCUUUUGUUGGGUUCAGAUGGUGAAGAGCUCAGGGUUUUAGUUAUUAAAGAGGCUGUUCGAGUCACCGAAGCUGUUAUUCUGGGUUCAGUGAUUGAGAGUUACAGCUUUAUUCCUAGUCCAAUGAGGAGUCUUAUCUUCAAUGGCAGUGGAGCUGGGCCUCUUGUAAUAAGCGAUGCUGAACAAACCAACCUCAUGGAACUUAGAGCACGAGUUUUUAGGAUAUGGGGGCUUUUAAGAUCCUCGGAGAAUUUUGAUCCUGCUCUUUUGCAACCUAUUUUACAGGUAACUAGAGAAUCCUACAUGAGCAGGUCCUUCAGGAACCAGAAGCACGCAGUCUUGGGGGACGUGUUAUUGGAGGAAUCACUCAGCGCCUGGCAGCACGCUUACUGCAACAAGUUCUCCGAGCUCCAACUGCACCUCCUGCUUCAACUUUGUGAGCAUUGAGUAACUGUUGGGUGACUGUUUGGUGACUGAAGAGGUAGGUAACCUUCAAAUGUGACAUGUCCAUAGCACUGCGUCAAAUAUUGACAUUUGUUCGACAUCAGUGCGGAUUGAAGACUCACAAAUGUGUUUUGUUUUGUUAUUUCUAGUGCUUGAACUCUGAAAUUUUGAAAAAUUGUCUUCAUUGAUAUAAAUAUUUGCAGAUCAAAUACUAAGAAUUUGUGAAGAACAAUUAGAUGGGUGCUUGAAAAUUUCACCAUUUUCCAGGGGUUUCAAGCGUUAUACCGGUGUCGAAGUUUAAACUAUGAUGAACUAGUGCAAUACUGUUUGCUCGCUUAUCAUUGUGUGGUAAAAUAGCAAAUAAUAAUUAUUAAAUAAUAAAAAAGAUAUAAAGUAUUAUAUCUUAAUAAAAGGUUGGCCUUAGGGCCUUCAUCUAACCAAAAAAUAAUAAUAAUAAAAGCGUUUUAGGUCCCUUAGUGUGGAUAAAAGUCUAAAAUACAUCAUGUGGGUGCUGGAUCUAAUGCCCUUAGUAGAUGGGCACCUCCUGGGCCUUGCCAGCGGUGGGCGAGGGCCCGAUUAAUAAAAAGUAUGUAUAUAUGUAAAAUUUAUAAUUAUAAAUAAAUAUAUUGAGGUAUAAAUCAUUUAACAUAUAUAUUAUUUGUAAUUUUGUAUCAUUAUACUUUGUAAAUUAUAAGUUUGUAUUUUAUAUAUGUAUUUUUCAUAAAAUGAGUAAGAAAAUUAUUCGAUAAUAUUUUGUAUUGUACUAUUCAACAAAAAUAUUUUGUUUCUUUGUUAAAAAAAAAAAAAAAAACCUACAGCCCACCACAAUGCAACCCACAUAGUGAGGACCGAUCUAAAAAGGGUCAUGAGCAUACAAAUCCCCACAAACACAUUUCUUUUCCAAAUAUAUAUGCACGGUCUCAUUUUGUUUUUGUGAAAAAUAACUAUAUUUCACAAUACUUUACUCGAGACUCCAGGCUUAGUAACACCAUGACCUACACUACUAAACUAUAAUUUCGGUGGAAAACCAAACAAAUUUCGUUCAUUAAAAAUUGUACAUUACAUUUUUGUUUCGAUUGAAGAAAUACUACUAGUAGUUGCAAAGUUACCGGUUGAAGCCCGCACAAUGAAGACUUUGCAAUUUAGGGCUGGCAAAAAGAUGAGCGAG